UCUCGUUCAUUAAACAAAUCAUGUGAUAUCAAAUGACCAUUACCCAUUGUCUUGAGUGCGACCAACUGAUGAAUCCUUUGGAAUCACACUACUUGGGUUGUUCCUUUGGACUUUUUGAUGGAGUCAUGUUAUAGGUAGAAUAGGAAGUAAUGACAGGGAAAUAUAUAAAAUGGAUGUUCCUUUACUCCUCCCUCGAAACAAAAUAGAAAAUACUAUUCUUUACAAACAAUUACAAAGAAAUCAUUAACAACUUGACCAUCAUGACGCCAACAAGAACCGACUCAAGCUCAUUCGACGAUGACCGUAAGAAUUCGGGACCAAGUCCCGAGAUGCCAUUCAGAAAACCCCCUACUACAGAUGAGAGAUUUCCAAUUUGGCACAGACCUGAUGUGCACGAGAAUCCAGAGCCCGAUUUCCAGAUGGCGAUCGAAGAAUGUCCUGUUACAGAGGAGAGACUGCCAUUUUGGCAGGAUGUCACUUGCGAGGAGGGCUUUCCAAUUGGGAAGCACAGAAGUGAACGGUUGCGUCAAGCAGGAGUGGCAAGAGCAACUAUAGCAGCUUCUUAUGAAUCACCACAUGGGACGACUAAGGAUAAUUAUGCGGAGCGUAAUAAGCAUUUGACUGUCCUCCAACAACACGUCGCUUUCUUUGAUCCCGACUCAGACGGUAUUGUCUCUCCUCGCGAUACCUACAACGGUUUUCGUCGUCUCGGCUGGAGUCCCCUCCUCGCAGUCGGCUCAGCCAUGAUCAUCAAUAGUAUUUUCUCAUAUCCGACUCUUCCCCCAGGACAAUGGAUUCCAGAUUUCAAGCUCAGAAUCCACACGGAGAGAAUCCACAAAGGUAAACACGGUAGUGAUUCCGGAACCUAUGAUCAUGAGGGGCGUUUUAUCCCUCAGCAUUUUGAAGAUCUCUUCAGUAAAUAUGCAGGGCGGGAUAAGCAGGAUAUUACUAAGGCAGAGAUUUUUGCGUACGUAAAGAGUCAGAGAAAUGUUUUGGAUGUGAUAGGCUGGGCAGCUGCGCUUCUCGAAUGGAGCGCAACGUGGCAUUUAUUAUCGCCUAAAGAUGGAAAAAUGAAGAAGGAUGAUAUCAGGAGAAUUUAUGAUGGAAGUCUUUUCUAUGAAAUUGCAGCUAGAAGGGAGAAGAAAGCUCGGGAGAAGAGGGAGAUCUGGUUCAAGGCGAGGCUUUCAGGCGUUUGGGCAGGAGUCUAG